AUGAGUACUCAGGCAAACAACGAUGUUACAACACGAGAUACAUGGGAAGAAGCUGAGGAAGCGGCCGAAACUACACUCGCUCAACAAACAUCGAAACUUAGUUUAAAUGCCAAUGCUGCAGAAUUUAGACCAAAUGUCUAUGCGAAAGAAUUUAUUCCAAGUUGGCUUCCUCAACCCGCUCAAACUUUAUCUGAACCAGUAGUAGAGAAAAGUGAAUCAGAGACCUUGGCUGAUAUACUCGUGGAAGGUACCCCACCGCUGCCAAAGCCUGCACCAGUGACUGAAAAUGAGACGGAAAAGAAAACAGCACCUUCUAGCACCAUCGCUACUGCUUCCACUUCUACGCAAAUAACAGAAUCAGCGCCAGAAGAACAAGACGAACAUGUUGAUGCUGAACUAUUAAAAGAACUUUACGGCAAAGAGCAUUUGAACGUUGUGUUCAUUGGACACGUAGAUGCUGGAAAGUCAACGAUGGGUGGUAAUUUAUUAUAUAUAACAGGAAUGGUGGAUCAAAGAACUAUGGAAAAGUACGAAAGAGAAGCUAAAGAACAAGGGCGAGAAUCUUGGUACCUUUCCUGGGCCCUCGAUACAAACAAGGAAGAACGUGCAAAAGGAAAAACAGUGGAAUGUGGUAGAGCUUAUUUUGAGACAGACAAACGUCGAUACACAAUUCUCGAUGCUCCUGGUCACAAAAAUUAUGUUCCAAGUAUGAUAGGAGGAGCUUCUCAAGCCGAUGUAGCAGUCUUGGUGAUUUCUGCCCGUAAAGGUGAAUUCGAAACAGGAUUUGAAAGAGGAGGUCAAACUCGUGAACAUGCUUUGCUGGUCAGAACAUUGGGUGUGAAUAGGCUCAUAGUGGUUGUUAAUAAAAUGGAUGAUCCUACUGUUUGCUGGUCUAAAGCAAGAUAUGAUGAAUGUGUCACCAAACUCACACCUUUUCUUAAAGGAAGUGGAUAUAAUCCUGCCACAGAUCUUCAGUUCAUGCCUGUUUCUGGAUACACGGGAGCUAAUUUGAAAGAUCGUGUCUCAGAAGAAGUUUGCUCCUGGUACAGUGGUCCUUCAUUACUGGAAUAUUUGGAUAAUCUGCAAGCAUUGGACAGGAAAGUUGACGCGGCACUUAUGAUGCCAAUUGAUAUGGGAACAGUGGUAGUCGGUAAAAUAGAAUCAGGAAAAGUUAGUAAAGGACAAACUGUUUUAAUAAUGCCGAACAGACGAGCUGUUGAAGUAUCGUUGGUUUAUAAUGAAUUAGAGGAGGAAAUUAAAGUUGGGUUAUGCGGUGAUAAUGUACGGCUGAGACUUCGGGGCAUCGAAGAAGAGGAUAUUUCUACCGGAUUUGUCGUGUGCUCAACACUAGCGCCGGUUAAAACAACUACCGCUUUCGAAGCACAACUUGCCAUUCUAGAACACAAAAAUAUACUUUGCGCGGGAUAUAGUGCAGUUUUACACGUGCACGCUUGCGUCGAAGAAGUCUCUAUAUCGGCUUUGCUGCAUUCACUAGAUAGGAAAACUGGAAGAAGAUCGAAACGACCUCCACAAUUCGUAAAGAAGGGACAGAAAGUGAUUGCACGAUUAGAGUCAUCCGCACCAAUUUGUGUGGAGUCUUAUGAAGAUUAUCCCCAACUUGGAAGAUUUACGCUUCGAGAUGAAGGAAAAACGAUUGCUAUUGGCAAAAUCACAAAAAUAAUUGAGAGCGAAUAA